UAUUAAAACCGUUUCCUACGUCUCUCAACUCUCUCUCUCAAAACCUCUCAGCUUCGCUGCUAGGUUUUCAACUUUAGCUCAAUUCUCUCCGCCAAAAAAGAAAAGCACCGAAAUUCCAUACUGGACCGACGAUGCCGCAAGGAGAUUACAUAGAGCUGCACAGGAAGAGGCAUGGCUACCGCCAUGACCACUUCGAGCGCAAGCGGAAGAAGGAGGCGCGUGAAGUUCACAAGCGCUCUCAAAUUGCUCAAAAGGCCUUGGGUAUUAAGGGUAAGAUGUUUGCUAAGAAGCGAUAUGCUGAGAAGGCACUAAUGAAGAAAACAUUGGCUAUGCACGAGGAGUCAUCAAGCAGGCGCAAGGUUGAUGAUGAUGUCCAUGAAGGAGCUCUCCCUGCAUAUCUUCUUGAUCGUGAUGAGACAACAAGAGCGAAGGUGCUCAGUAACACUAUAAAGCAAAAGAGGAAAGAGAAAGCAGGGAAAUGGGAGGUUCCCCUACCAAAGGUCAGACCUGUUGCUGAAGAUGAGAUGUUCAGGGUGAUCAGAUCCGGUAAACGGAAAACUAAGCAGUGGAAGAGGAUGAUCACCAAGGCCACCUUUGUAGGACCAAGUUUUACAAGGAAACCUCCCAAAUAUGAGCGUUUCAUCCGCCCAAGUGGCUUACGUUUUACAAAAGCCCAUGUGACCCACCCUGAGCUUAAAUGUACAUUCAAUUUAGAGAUCAUUGGUGUUAAGAAGAACCCCAAUGGGCCUAUGUAUACAUCCCUUGGUGUUAUGACCAAGGGAACCAUAAUCGAGGUGAAUGUUAGCGAACUUGGUCUGGUAACCCCUGCUGGAAAAGUUGUGUGGGGGAAGUAUGCACAAGUCACAAAUAAUCCUGAAAAUGAUGGUUGCAUCAAUGCUGUUUUGCUUGUCUAGAUGGACUGACUUUGCUUGUUUGUCAUAGGUGUUUCGGGACUACUAGUUACAUUAAGGUUGCUUUCUGGGCUAACGUUAUUGUAAUGCACCACUACUUUAAACCAACUCUCAUUUGUCUCCGAGAGAUGUUAGAAAAUUUUGAUUCUCGUAGGAGUUGUAUUAUUGUUUCAGUAGUUCAUUUGUUUGCUCUUAUUGUUUGUCUGCUGUACUUUUAAAAAUUUUAGUAUACAAGUGGUUUGACUGAAUUCAGUUUAUGGCA